AUGGCAGCCAGGAUCCCAGCCAUCGUCGCGAAUCGCGUCAGCGACGAGGCCAAAAGGAUGAUUGACGUGGUGGCCAAGUUUGUCGACGAGGACUGCGUCCCCGCCGACGCCGUGCUCGAGGCCCAGAUCGGCGAGGGCGACGCGCGGUGGGAGAGCCACCCGGCCAUCAUCGAGGAACUCAAGGCCAAGGCGCGCCGGCUCGGCCUCUGGAACAUGUUCCUGCCCAAGGGCCAUUACGCCGAGUCGCCCGGCUGGACCAACCUCGAGUACGGCAUCAUGGCCGAGUGGCUGGGCCGCUCGCGCUGCGCCUCCGAGGCCUGCAACUGCGCCGCCCCGGACACGGGCAACAUGGAGGUGCUGGCCAAGUACGGCAACGCCGCGCAAAAGGACCAGUGGUUGCGGCCCCUCAUGGACGGCCGCCUGCGCUCCGCCUUUCUCAUGACGGAGCCGGGCGUCGCCUCGUCCGACGCCACCAACAUCGAGCUCAGCAUCCGCCGCGACGGCGGCCACUACGUGCUCAACGGCCAAAAGUGGUGGUCCAGCGGCGCCGGCGAUCCGCGCUGCAAGCUCUACAUUGUCAUGGGCAAGACGGACCCGGCCAACAAGGACCCCUACCGCCAGCAGUCGGUCGUGCUCGUCCCCGCCGACACGCCCGGCAUCAACAUCAACAGGAUGCUCAAGGUUUACGGCUACGACGACGCGCCGCACGGCCACGGCCACCUCACUUUUACCGACGUCAGGGUUCCCGUCGCCAACAUGGUCCUGGGCGAAGGCCGGGGCUUUGAGAUUAUCCAGGGCCGCCUGGGUCCCGGCCGCAUCCACCAUGCCAUGCGCAGCAUCGGCGCGGCCGAGUGUGCCCUGGACUGGAUGCUGAUGCGCGUCAACGACGAGCGCAAGAAGCCCUUUGGCAAGGUGCUGCGGGAACACGGCGUCAUCCUCGAGUGGAUCGCCAAGUCGCGCAUCGAGAUCGACGCAGCCCGGCUGGUGGUGCUCAACGCGGCCGUCAAGAUGGACGAGCUGGGCCCCAAGAAGGCGCUGCGCGAGAUUGCCGAGGCCAAGGUGCUGGUCCCGCAAACGGCGCUGACUGUCAUCGACCGCGCCGUCCAGUCGUUUGGCGGCGCCGGCGUCUCUCAGGACACGCCACUGGCCAGCAUGUGGGCGGGCAUCCGGACCCUGCGCCUGGCCGACGGGCCCGACGAGGUGCACCUGCAGCAGCUGGGGCGUAACGAGAACCGCAGGGGCAAGGAGGCGGCGGACGGGAUUCGGCGGCAGCAGGCCAAGACGGCGGAGCUGAUGAAGCGGUUCGGCGUGCAGACGGCCGAGCCGGGGACCAGGAUUCGUCAUUCCAAGAUGUGA